AUGGAUAUGAAAAUUGAACUUGUUGGCUUCGGACUGGCCAGUGCAGGCUGGUUUUGCACGAUUCUCACAAGAUUUCUGCCCAUGUGGAAUGUAAGUGGAAUGGUAGACAACACCACUACGACACUUCCUUUAUACUGGGAUGGAGUUUGGCUAAACUGGCAACAUCACAGCACUGGAAGCUUGCAGUGCACUUUUUAUCAGUCUCUCCUGUCUCUAACCGAGCAUUUCACCACCUGGAAAAUCCUCCUCGUCAUUUCCAUAGGAGUGGGAUUUGUUGCCAUGGCAGUUUACCCUGUCGGAUGGAUAAGAUAUCCCAAGAAUGUACAUUUCAAAGUAGCUUCCGGGCCGGCAUUUGUAAUAGGUGCACUGGUUUUACUGGUGGUGCUCUCCUGGGCUACACAUUUAACAGAGGGUGAUUUGGACAUAAGUGUUUCCCUGACACGGAAAUGUGGAGCAGGGAUCUUCACUGGCUGGGUGGGUACAGCACUGCUUUUGGUGGGUGGUGGAGUGCUGAGCGCUAUUUGCUGUAAAGAAGUCCGGAAGCAAAGACAGGAAAGGAGACCAGCACAGACUUUAGAGCCAGGGGUACAGGAUCCACUCCACACCAUUAACAGUAUUGGAUUUAUUCAAACUCCUCUUGCUGAAUGA